GCCAGUUAUUAAAAAUGUGAUUUCAUAUGGAAUAUAACUGAUCCUGCCCCAAACUAGUGGUUUGUAUAAUUCUGUGAACCAAGAUGGCUGCAAUGAACUGUCAGCAGAAGUCAGUGACAUCAAGAAGAUCAUCCAAGAUCCCUGUUCCUGUUUGGCGUCGCCACAUCACUGAUGACGUGGGUAUGCUACAAAAUAGUGCUCAAAUCCACCAAGAAAAUAGAAACUGUCUAAGUAAAGAUGUGAUAGGAACGUCAAGUUGUAGUGAUUUGAAAUCUGAAGGAGUAUCAAGGGUUAGCCUGCUAUUGAAUAAUGAACUGUUUCAAAAACAUUUAGUAAAACAUGCCGAUUUUCUAAAGCGUCACACAUUAUCAUCCAAACAUUGUGGAUUACGUAAAUCUAUGUCUAAUAUUGACCUUUCGACCUUAGGACUGCAAGAUGCUGUGUCAGCAGUAAAUAAUGAAGAAAAUAGAAAUGGAGAAAGUAGUUCUCAUUUCUCGACCAAAAAUAAAACAAUGACCCGUGAGAGGCGUAAAUCAAUAUCCUGUGACCGUCCAUCUCUAGAGCAUCUUCAAAGUAAAAUGACGGCUGCAUUUCAAGCAGCUUCAAAUAAUUCUGCAACAGCUAAACGACGUUUAUACAUUCCUUCCUUUGCAGAAUUUAAAAAGUCCCGACAGUUUGUAGUAAAUGAUAAAUAUGAAAUAAUGAAAGAAAAUUUGUGCUCAUAUUCCUUGGACACCAUAAACGAGGAUGAUCAGUUUAAACAUGAUGGCUAUAGUCAUGGCUUGACAAGGACAAAAAUCAUCACUGUACAACCAUGUGAAACUUAUUUACAGAGUGAUAGUACUUUAUCAAGUUUAAUAAAGGAGAAAUCUAGUGCUUCCUGUAUACAACACAAGGGAAAUAACUCUUCAAUCAUUACUGCUGAUGGAAUUGACACAGACAAUUCUGACGAGGUUUUUAUGGAAGAUGUAAAACUAUGUGAAAUGAGAGAUAAUGGUGAAGAAAGUUCUGAGGAGAGAAUAUCUCCAGUAUUUCGAUCAACAUCUGAUGUAUGUAGCUAUAGUUUAACAGCCGAGGCACAGAGACGUCGAAUAAACCUACGCAAGCAAAGACAAUGUAAAAGUGAACCAUUUGCAGAUAUUCCAAGACCAGAAAUAAGACACAGUCAGUAUUUAGAUACUUGUGGUCUGCUUGACAAAAACCUGGAUUGUGGUACACAAACAUUGUGCCUGGUUGAUAAAUACAGUAGUCCUGUUUAUACCAGUGAUGAUAUUUCACAAGCUACAAGUUAUCUCAGUUUGGCAGAAUUUGAUGUAUCUGAGAGUGAAACAGAAUGUGAUGUAAACGCUACUGGUACAAGAUUAAGUAAUUUAAGUUUAGCCAGUAGUAAUGAUAGUGGUGUUAUUGGCUAUGAAAGUUCUCUAGAUUCUACAAACAACAUCUCACUCCAGUCCACUCAAAAUAUAUCUUCUAUACCAAACUCAAUAACUCCACCAGACAUUGGAGUGAGUGACUCUCCACAUCCACUUCAUCCAGUGUCAUCAUCAAAUCCUAGUAAGAGUGCCUUUAAUAAUGCUUGUCUGUGUUUAACAAGUGUUGAUAACAGAAUGCAAAAUACAGAACAUUCAUCUAAAGAAUCAUGCACACAUCGUAGAAUGGAACAAAGAGAAAUCAUUCAAGAAAUUUUAGAAACAGAAUUAAACUAUGGAAGGGAUUUAAAUAUUCUUAAAGAGGAGUUCUAUAAUCCCAUGAAGUUAGCAGGAUUAUUAAAUUCUGAACAGCUAGAACAGGUUUUUGGGAACCUUGAUGAUUUGAUUUUAAACAAUUCUCAGUUCUGUAAAAAACUACAAACCAGCAUUCAAUCUGCUAUUAACAAUGGCGAUCAGAAUGCCGGAAGUAAUACGUCCAAUGUUCAUAUAGGCAUCCUCUUCCUUGAAUCUUCAUCCAUGUUUUCUGCUUUUGAAAAUUAUUGUAUAAAUCAGCCUUUAGCUUCUGUAGUUUUAGAGCAGGUGGCCAAGGAAAAGGAACUGUUACGAAUUUUUCUACAAGUGUCUCAAAACGAAAACUCAGCCCUCCGAAGGAUGCAUCUGAAGUCUUUCCUCAUGGUUCCUGUCCAACGAAUUGUUAAAUAUCCAUUAUUAUUAAAUCGUCUGUAUAAAGUAACAUGCAGUAAUCACACUGAUAAAAUAAAUAUACAAGCUGCCUUGACACAAAUAGAACAUAUUUUAUCAAAUAUCAACUCAAAAACAAAUUAUGCAACAUUACGCCCUAAAAGAAAGAGAAUGUCUGAAAGUAACCAAAGACAAAGUUUUAGUAUAACUGAUAAAAAUGAAGUUCAUAAGAUUGCCUUAGAUAUGUUGGGAUGGAAUAAGAAAGAAGUCUCAGAUUUAGUUUGUAGUAAAUUAUGGUAUGGAUUACCAAACGAUCACAGUUGGGCACCCAAAAAAUGUAAAAACGUCAAGUUUAUACAGAUUCAUGCUGUGUUGUUGGUUCUUGACAAGAGUAAUCAAGGUCGAUUAGAAGAACGACGAGGUAGUACAGGUAUGGUGUUUCCUAAUGAAACAACGUCUGUAGAACAAGCAGUUGUUGUUUUAGUUCGAGAAAAAAAUGGAAAAUAUCAACCAGUGAGGGAUCCACUAGCAUUAGAUAAAUGUGUUGUCACAGUUGAUCCCGAAUGUGAAGAAGUAUUUGAAAUCCAGGAAUGGGGCAAAGAAUCUUAUCUUCUUAAGUGUGAAGAUGCUAGAGAUACAAAAGUUUGGGUGAAUCAUUUAAAACAACAGACGCGGGAUUUAAGCCAAUGGAGAAAACGAAGGAAUGCUUUACCUAAUAUAAUGUUAAAACAAAUGUCGUAACAUGAUUAUGACUGUGUCUAUGCCGGUGGAUAGUGUAAAUGUUUUAGAAGGUGCUGUCAUGUGAUAUGAAGUUGAUAGAGACAUUAAAUAAACAAUAUGUCACAACAACAUUAUACAUUAUUCCAUUUGUCAUUUAGUCCCUUGGUGUUAUCAACUUGUACAUGAUCUAGUCUUUAUAUAUAACACCCAGUCUUUCAAAUAUUUCAUGUCAGUUGAGCUUGGAUUUCCUACGUCCAGAAUGUAGAUAAUUUAUUUAUUUAUUUGUGUAUUAUGAGAACAGAUAUCAUGUGACCAAAGCUAAACAGUACUCCAUUAAUGUCCCAUCAUUUACAUAUCUCAAUUUGUCCGAGCAAAACAUAUCAAAAUUAUUUUUAUAAAAUAUUUUAUAUUUUAAAUGUAAACUAUGAAUAUCUUUGUAUAUAUGAUUACUAGGUAGAUUAUAAUAAGAUGUUAGUUAUUUUACUAAUUCACCAUCAAACUCUAUUCAAAUGUUUCUUAUUUUUUUAAUUAUGAAAUUUUUAAAAAUGGCAUUAGAAAACAGUAGUGAAAUAGUUAAGUUUAAUUCCAAUAAAUAAUAUAAACACCUCUAGGGAAGCAUUCCGGAAACAUUUUAAGCUUUAUGAAUUUCUUAAAUUAUACUUUUAAUAAGUGGAUGCAUAUUGUCGUCGCCUCUGUCCGUCCAUCCACCAUUUGUUUGUGGACACUCUACAGGUCAUAAUUCUCAUCUGAUUUUGACAAAACUUUAUCUCGGUUCCUUUCGAUAUUGCCAUGUAUCGGAUCGAAACUUCAUGUAUUAUGGUCCCGGAUUGUAUGAAAAAUCAUGUUUUUAUCUUGUGGACAAUCUAGAGAUCACAAUUUUUAUCCGAUUUAGAUGAAACUUGAAAUGUAUGUUUAUAACCCAAAGAUCUCGGUUCCUGUCAAUAUUGGACUGUCACUUCCUUGAUUAUGGCCCCUUAUUGUACAAAAAAUCACAUUAUUUUUUUAGCUCGUUCUCUGUCCAUCUCUUGCAUGGCAACUGCUUGUUUUUAAUUGUUGAUGCUGUUUAAUAUAGCUUGUUAAUGUUUUUGUUUGUUGACAGCAAUUUGCAUUCCAAUUUUUCAGAAUAUAAUUAUAACACUAUCAUAUCAUUGUGCUUACUUUACAGUUAAAAUGUGGUAUAUUUUAAGAAAGCCAAAAUAAAGUUAUUAUUUGUAAAUAAAACAUAGAGCUACUUGUAAAUAGAACACUGCUAUUUGUAAAUAAAACAUAGAGCUAUUUGUAAAUAAAACAGAGCUAUUUGUAAAUAAAACAGAGCUAUUUGUAAAUAGAUUGCAUAUAAAAUGAAGAUGAAAAGUUUAAUAAUGGAGAUGCUAUGUGUAUUGUAUAUAUUUUAUAUUUUAUAUUUAUUACAAAAGGUAAUUAAAAUAUAUUCGCCAACAAUCAAA